AGUUUUACCGAAUAUCUGGUGAGGCAGUACCCAUACAUUUCCUGGAAUAUGGAAUAUGGAAUGGAAUAUUAUUGAAUUCUACUUUAAAAGUGGAAAGGAAUAUUUAUGGAUUCCUGUAAAUGAAAGAGUUCUCUAACACAAAUUAGGAUACGUAUCCAAAUUCUCCUCAGGUUAUAAAAUAUUCUUUCCCCCCUGCAUACAUACUCAUCUACCGGACAAUGUGGUGGUGGACAGUGUUCAGAAGCAAUGACAAGGAGAAACUUUAAUCUAAUCUUCCCUCCAUCUGAUCUCAGAGAUUGUUAUUUUCUUGUUUGUGCAAUUAAUUAAAAUUGUGGCAUUUUCUAGUUUUCAAUAAACUACUGUCGUUAAUUGUAGAUUUAGUGUAGUGACUUAGUGAGUUGUAGUUGUUUUUUACAUGGAUUGACGUGACCAUAAAUAGUUAAAGUUUUUAGAAACCGUUAAUCUUGACGUGUUGACUUAUUGGAAGAUAGAAUAAUGCCACCUAAAUUUUCGAGAGGAGAAAGUGAAUCUGAUGACGAGAGUGAAUAUGAUGCCGGAAGUGAAUAUGAUGGAGAUGAAAGUGACGACUCGAGUGACACCACACCCAUCAAAAGAGCAAGAUUGUCAUCAUCAUCGACACAAUUUGAAACUUCAGGCUACGAGACAGAGCCUUCAACACGGAGGGUGACCCGGUCCAUGGGUACCGGGGGAGGGACAAGUGCAGCAGCAGCACAAAUGGAUUUGAGUGAUGCCUUUAGUGAUGAUGAUGACGACAUUCCCAUUUCUGGAGGCUCUCAUGAUGAGGUCGAUUCUGAAUCCGACCAGAAUCCUCAUGAUGGAAAACUUUCUUCUCCUUCAACCCAUUCUGAGGACCGAGAACGUUCCCCUUGUUCCGUCUAUGAUUCUGAGGACGAAGAAGAUGAUAAUGAUGACCAACUGUCACAGCAAGAGUGGGUGAAAAAGAAAAUGAACCAGUGGAUUGAUCUGGGUUUAGCAAAAACUCAGAGGACAUUUUCCAAAUCUGAAUUCCAAAAAUUUCUCAAAUAUGGCCAGACAUUACUCCAGUCCACAGAAAAAGUAAUGCCUUUCGAACCAGCAGAUGACUGGGUGGAUGAUACGGGGAUUCCUGAGGAUGUCGAGGAAAUUGUGAAGGCAUUAUGGGCAAGAAAGAAAAAAGUCGGGACGAAAGAAGAAAAAGAAAAUCAAAAUCACACCAGAAUUAUGCCAUCAUAUACCGUCGUUUGUCGAGAUAUAGAGGGGAUACCUUUACCCUGCAAUUGUUCAGGAACUACUUAUGUGGAUAUCUCAAAUUUUCGUGUUCAUUAUCGGAAACAUCACACACAAAGUCAACGUUUUAAAUGCAAAGUUGAUGGUUGUGACUAUUCUUCACAUUCAGAUCACAUACAGGGUGUGCAUCAAAUUAUGAAGCAAUUCGGAUGUGCUUUAUGUGGUCGGAAGUUUACAGCAAUUGACAACCUUAAUGUGCACCAGGAGUGUGGACACGUUGAUCCCAAGAAACAUAGACUCUUUGCAAUUGAGGACGGAGUAUUGCAAUUUCGACAAAAGAAGGACGGUGAUGAGAAAGUUGGUCACAACGGGAAAGGAGGAAUAAAACAGUUUUACACAGUUGAAUGGACCCAUCCUAUAACUAAUGACACGAAGUUGGCUUUGGGAUACACAGGGAAAAAAAUUUCACAUCUGCUGCGGACAAAGUUCUUUGGCUACUAGAAUACGCUUUGAAGAAUAAUACAACAAAUUCCUGUAAACUGAGGGAGCUGUACAUUGCCGGUUAUCGACCAAAUAACGAUGAAGCCAAGAGUACAAAUAUAUUUGUAGUGGGGACUGUUUUGGCCAAAGAUGGAAAAUUUGUCCUCCGCGAUUACACCGGAGCGUAUUGUCUACAUGAGACAUGGGAAAGUCGUGCCACUUUCGAAAACGAUAUUGAGAGAUUAAAGGCGAUGGUUGACCGAAUCAAAGGAAAUUUCCCAUAACGGAACCAAGAUCGAAUAAAUCUUCGUCGUGAUACUUUCGGAACCGCUCUGGAUAAUUCCAAUGUUCAGCAAGUUGUUAACAAACGGAGUUUUCAGUAAAUUAAUUAUACCGUUGUAGUACAUUUGGUUAAAAAAUGAAUUUAAAUGAACCAAUAAUAAAAAAGUAUCGGCAAUAA